AUGGAUACUGCUACUACUGUGGAUCCCAGCCAUUGGCGAUACCUUUGGGACAGUCAACGAAGAGAUCAAAACGUUGAUGUUCUAGCACAACUCGAGCUCCAUGCCCAGCCGCUAUCAUCGGACGAAUACACAGUCGUUUCGGCAGAAGAAUACCCCGGUGGUCGAGAUGCUUUUCUAAAUGCUGCUGGAGACUUACUAAUAAGGAAACAUUACGUUCAAGAUUCGGAUGGUAUCUUCCGAUUUUGCUUGCACAACGAUUUUCUAAAAUGGGCCAUCAACUUCACUUCCACAAAACGUGACGACGAUGACUAUUCGAGUCUCCUGGUAGGAAUUACCGCUACUAAGGAUACCAACGACAAUAGUGACGCCAACAACCCACUGGUAGGUCUGAUUGUUGCCGUUCCUCUUUUCCUGCACCACCAAGACCUCGGAUAUUCUUUGGCGGAAGAAGACAAUUCGUCCUCGAUUGCUCCCAAUUUUGCCAUGAUUGAUUUUGUCUGUGUGGCCGAGGGACAUCGCGGGAAACGCCUGUGUCCCUUUCUCUAUUCGGAAAUCACCAAACGAUGUCAUGCCAGGGGAAUCCAACACAUGAUUUGCACGUCGGGAGACAGUAUGAAGACUCCCUAUACAUCCGCCGAUUACUUUCAUCUCCCCAAUCCCGACAAAGUCCCCAAACUGUGCGAAAUUGGAUGGCUCACAUCCAAUUGGACUCCGGCACAACAGGAACGAUACCAACAACGAAUCCGCAUUGUGCAUCCAUCAGAAGAAGAGUCUGCAUGGACGCCGCUGCGUCUCCUAACAGCAGACGACGACAUAAGCAGCCUUAAAAAAGCCUACAAGUCUUUCUACAUGAACGACACGGGCAUAGAGGGUGGACCCCGCAAGGGGGAAAUGCUCCGUCAAGCCUAUGUGUACUACCUCAAGUUCACAUCGCGACGUGAUUUGCUACUGGCGGGAGCCUACUGGCUAUUCCAGCACCACCCCGAAGUGGAUGUCCUCAACUGUUUGGGGUGA